AUGGACUCACCUCUAAUUUUCGACAUCCAAGAGAAGGAGACAACCUCUCCGCACGCUCCGACCUUUCCGCAGAUCAAAUCCUCCACUGGCUUCCCAGAGCACAAGAAACGAACGAGGAUAUCCGCUUUCAAACAGAAGCGCCAGGCCGCCGAAAGCAAUCAGCAGCCACUAACCAAAGCGUCAGCUUUUGUUGCCUCGUCACCAUCAGAUCGAAAUGAAUUUCAGCAUAGUGCAUCGGCGACCGCGGAGUUGCAGCCAAAGCCCAACUUGACAGAGAAGCAGAGCAUCGAUCAAGAAAAUAAGGACAAGCUCGCAAAUAUGUCAACAGCAGAAAUCGACGAGGCAAGAUCGGAGUUGUUUAGUGGCCUAGAUCCAAAAGUCCUGGAAAUGCUACUGAAACGGGCCAACCUUGACGAAAAGAACGGCCCUUCUCCAUUCGAAGACGAAGAAUCCAAAUCUAUGCCUCCAGCAAACACCGAGAUCGAAGAGAGCGAGUCUUCUUCUGCACCAACGAAAACGAUCAACUCAGAGCCAUCGCGUGCUCCAAGAAAAGUACAUUUUGAAGAGGUCCCAGACCAAGACGACCCAGUGCAGACUUCGGAACCAGGAGAGACAAAUACACAACCCAAGAUCAUACCAGAUGCAGGUGACGAAGAACCACCGUCAAUACCACACAACCACAAACACGGCGAUGAUUUUGCUUCAUCCAAGCCACAUUGGCCGCAUCCUCCUUCGGCGCCCGAGCUCGAUCCCGCCGACCCCAACUUUUUGUCGUCUCUGCACGAGAAAUAUUUUCCACAAUUACCCGCUGAUCCUACGAGACUCGCCUGGAUGGCACCGAUACCGACCGCUAAUUCGCCUGCCGACUUUGACUCUCCUUACCACCCGACACACAGCAGCAUCCCCGUUUCGGAACUGCGCUUCGAUUUCCGCGGUGCCCUGCUGCCACCGCGGAUCGCGCGAGCGGUUCCUGUAACCAGAGGCCUCCAUCAUCACGGUGAGGCCCCCGAGGCGGCUGGUUAUACCAUCAAGGAGCUGGCAAGACUAGCCCGCAGCGCCGUUCCAGGGCAAAGGUGCAUUUCAUACCAGACACUAGGUCGAAUUCUAUACAGGCUUGGUCAUGGCAACUUUGGUAGUCGGGGUGACAGUAUUCCCGACGGAAUCUGGAAUGCCAUGGUCGAGGGCAAGGUGAUGGAAAGUCUGUACGAGGAGGCCGGCGUGGACCCCGAUGCUCCGGGCCAGGCCGGCGGUGAUGAUGACGAGACAGGUGGCAGUGGCAGAGGCAGGGGUCAUCGUAGUGCACAUGCUUUUGCUGUUGAAGCUAUAUGGCUUUUCGAAAAAGGAGGCUGGGCGGAAAGUCUCCGGAAGGGCAAAUAA